AUGGAACCGUCAAGUGCAACUAAGGGUUUCUUCCAGAAGCUGCCGACUCUGGGAAAUCAGUUCCUCGAAGAUGACACUGUUCAAAGGGUCUUGAAACUGUUCGUACCGCAGGACAUUCUCAGCAAGGAAGCAACGGAGAUCGAGCAGCUCUGUGAGGAUGCGCUCGACCCGGUGGUUUUAGACUGGGUUUCCGACGCGGAGAGAAAUCAACCAUACGUCAGCGGUGGCGGCAAGAAUGCCUUUGGCCAGCCCAAUAGUUCCAAACUUGUUCUGUCCGAGGGCUGGAGGCAGCUUCAAAACCUCGGUUUCGAAAAAGGGCUCUCUGCUCAAGGGUACGAACCGGGGCUAGAACAGUAUACUCGCAUCGUUCAAUAUAUGCGACUGGUGCUCUGGGAAGGGUCAAGCGCGAAUACAUACUGUCCGCAGGCGAUGCAGGACGGCGCCAGCCGGCUUCUGCAGCGGCAGUUAUCCAAAGAUGGACUCAACCCUACCGAUCGCAAGGUAUUCCAAAACGCAUUCGACCAUCUCGUCUCGCGUGAUCCCAAAAACGCAUGGACGAGCGGACAAUGGAUGACAGAGCGUCCUGGCGGAAGCGAUGUUUCGCAAUCCGAGACGGUCGCCACCUACGCUCCUCUGUCCCCGGACUCGCCUCUGUGCGACCCUGCGGAAGGCAUCCCUCUGGGGCCUUGGAGCAUCUCAGGCUUCAAGUGGUUUUCUAGUGCCACCGACAGCAAUAUGGCGAUCUUGCUGGCCAAGACACCCCGAGGACUCAGCGCUUUCUACGCUCCGAUGCGGCGGCACAACCCAUCAUUGGUCACGUCUGCCACUGGCAAGAGUGGAGGCGGCUGGGAGCUCAACGGCGUCAGCAUCUCGCGCCUCAAGAACAAGAUGGGCACCAAGUCGCUGCCCACGGCCGAGCUCGAGCUCGACGGCAUGCGCGGGUGGCUCAUCGGCGAAGAGGGCACGGGAAUCCGGGAGAUCUCGACCAUCCUCACCAUCACUCGCGUCCGCACCUCGGUCGGCGGUCUCGGGUAUCUCAGCCGGAGCCUGGCUGUUGCGAGGGCUUUUGCCAAGGUGCGCGAGGUCGGCGCGGGCAGGGGCGCACGUAUCAAGCUCAGCGACAACCCGUUACACAUGAAGACGCUGAGCGACGUGACGGUCGAGUACCAUGGCCUGAUGCUGUUCGCGUUCUACAGCGCGUACGUCAUGGGCAUGGAAGAGCACCCGUCAUCGAAGAUGCCGCCACCUUCUUCGGCGAUUGCGCGGAUCACGCCGUCUCGGGAAUUGGUGAGCCCCCUGUUGCGGGUCCUCACCCCUAUCUUGAAGGCCUACUGCUCGAAACAGUGCAUUACGCAGAUCUAUACGUGCAUGGAGAGCCUGGGCGGGGUCGGGUACCUCGAGAACUCGGAGACCGAAUACCUGAACAUCGCGCGGCUGUUCCGAGAUGCCUGUGUGCUCAGUAUAUGGGAGGGCACGACGGAUGUGCUGAGUACCGAUCUGAUUAGGGCGUUGAAACAUCCGCGGGAGGGCCCUGCGAGUAUGAAGGCGCUAGACCAGCUGAUAUGCGCGGCAGUACAGGGACGAAACGAGAAGAUUAUCAAAGCCUGGGAGGCAGUCAAACACGAAGUUGAAAGAACAUCGCAGGCCGAUUUACUUAAUCGAGCAAGAGAGAUACUGUGGAGAAUCUCUGAAGUGCUGAUCGGAGGACUCCAUGAGGUUGACUCUUGUACUGGUGAUGAUCCACGGAGUCGGGAGAUAUGCCACAGGUAUAUUUUGAAGAAAGACCUCAGUGGCCACCCUGUUGUCGAGAGAAAUUCGAAGGACGAACUGGCAGCAUGUCAGGCCAUUGUCUUCGGGGGCAGAGGAAAGACAACAGAGUGGGCUUCCAAGCUUUGA